AUGGCGGCUUCACUGAGCUUACAGCUGUGGCAGCGGGCGGACCGGCACCGCCGGCUGUUGUUGGUAGCCUGCCAGGGAUACCUGGUGCUGAUGGCACUCUACGAUGCCUGGGUGUGGGCCUCCAAGGCAGGCCGUCUGCCCUCCAUCUACUUACCCAUAUACGGCCUCUAUCUAGUGGUGGGCGCACUCGAGAUGCAGUUUGUGCACAUCGUGUGGCACUUGCAGCAGCGCUACCGCUUGCUAAACCGACUGAAAACACAGAGAGAUCGUCUCAAAGCAGGAGUCAAGUAUGAAAAAAUUAGAGCUUAUUCUUCAAAUGGCAACUAUACUCCUAACCAGCAGCUUCUAAUAUUACACAGUUUAUGUGACAUACAUGCUGAGCUUUAUGAUGCAGUUGAUGCAGUAAACUCUGCUUAUGGAUUUCAAAUCCUUGUCCAUACAUUGUCCAUUUUCUUGCAUUGCAUUAUUAGUCCAUACUUCUUUCUGUUAAAUCUUUUAUACCCAAUGACAUAUGGACAGACAGAUCCUGCCUUCCUAUCAUUACAAUUAAUGUGGAUACUCAUUCAUGUGUCCAAACUUUUCCUCGUAGUACAACCAUGUUCUGCAACAUGCAAUGAGGCAAAGAAGACAGGGUCCAUUGUUGUGAAACUCUUGAAUGUGGAACUCCAACUGCCCAUGAAGAGACAGCUUGAAGUCUUUGCAAUGCAGUUAAUUCACCGAAACGUGGAAUUUUCAGCUUUUGGAUUCUGCAACCUAGAUUUUCCUCUUAUAGCAUCAAUUGCUGGAGCUGUUACCACAUAUUUAGUAAUUCUAAUUCAGUUCCAGAACUCAGAUACAGGGAGUACACCAAACAAUCCAGCCAAUUAAACAUCCACAAAAUGUAAAUAAAUCUUGAAAUAAAUGCC